GUUUAAUCGGUCUAUCGAUAUCAAUAAUAAGCCCAAGCAAACAGGCAGCCGGGUAUUGUUAAAUUAAGUUUCAUCAGCUUGAAGACAACCAUUGUGAAGAAUGAGCAGCUUUAAGGCCAUCGAAAUGGAAUCCGAUUCAAGCGAAAGAGGAGAGACAAAAGCCCCGAACGGAAGUGUCGGUGGAAAAUCUAUUACAUUCAACGAGCUCGGUGCCAAAACAGCCAAGUUCGAAAAAAUUGACCCUGAUCUAGCAUAUCCAUGCACCUCGGGCCAGGCAAACACAUCGACUGGCACUGCGGCUGAUGGAUCCAGUAAGAGUGGACGCCACAGGUCCAGGAAGAGCCAGCAUGGCGCCAGACGCAUAAGUGCUGACCUACAGUUCGAGUCGGUUGCUGCAGACGAGCUGGAAGCCGGUGGAUCCAAGGCACCUAAGAAACGCAAGAUGGAGCAGAAAGCUGCGGUCGCCGAGGACACGGUGAGCGUGGCCAUCAGAAGUUUUGUUCAGAGCGAUGAGAUGCAGGAGCUCAUCAAGCGCAUCGCCAACGAGCGGGUUCGCUGCAACUUCUUGCUGGCCACCUAUCAGCUGCCCGACAUGAACUUCAGCCUCAACACGUCCAUGGAUACGCUACGCAAUCAGUUCCGGGAGCGCCUCAAACUGCGUCGCGACCGAGGAAAUGCCAAUUCAGCUUCCUCUGCUCCAUCCGCAGCCAGCAGCAGCCAGAAAUUCCCCACCAAGGGAGUUGCGAAGGCUAAAAACCCGUAGAAUUAUUAUCUUUUAAGAGUAAAUAAACAUGAAAUGAAAUAACGAAUUUCGGAGCUGCUUUAGUAACCCGACACACUCAGAAUCAACCAAAUAUACAUACAUAAACAUACAACCAGACAUACAUAUGUUAAACUAUUUGUAAGAAGCAACAGAUUAAAAAACAUUCCCCUUCAAUA